AUGAGCACAGCUGAAACAGAUCCAGUGGUUGGUUCUUCACCAGUUGCUGCUGCUACACCUGCACAGCAACCCAAUUCACUCCAAGGAUUAGCCCAAAGGCGAGCAGAGCAACACCAGCAUCAUCACAAGCAAAACGACAUCAACAGCCUUUCAUCAAGCGAACAUUCACAAUUUUCCAGUGAUCGGGGGUCUACGCCUCCAUUGACGGAUCCAAAAAUAUCGUUACCAGGACUGGAUCUGAAGGACAAAUUCAGUGCAAUAGAUGACUCCCCACAAGCGACAUCUUCAUCCAAGCCUAGAUCGAAAAUGUCCUCAGAGUAUGACCCUUUUGCUGGGUUGUCUUUCAAAGUGGGCGUAGCCGAAAACAAAAACUCCACUUAUAGGUCCAAAAUGGAAGACGUGCAUACAUAUAUUGCGAAUUUCGCUGAAAGAGUUGAUUGGGGGUAUUUCGCCAUCUUUGAUGGCCAUGCGGGUAAAGAGAGUGCACGCUGGUGUGGCAAUAAUUUGCAUUCAUUACUCGAACAAGAAAUUGAUUUAGAAUUGCAAGAGCAAAAGGACAUGUCUGAGACUAAUACUCACACAGGACAACCAAGCGACUCCGAUACGAAGGACCAUUUAUACAAAACAUUCAUCAAGGCAGACGAAAUUAUAGAAAAAAAUGCUAUCCAGGGAGGUUGCACUGCCGCAGUAGCGGUUCUUCGCUGGGAGAGUGAAGGGCUGGAGAAUGGUCACAAGAGAAUGCUCUAUACUUCCAACGUUGGUGACUCAAGAAUUGUGUUGAGCCGAAAGGGGAAGGCGUAUAGACUAUCAUACGACCACAAGGCUUCCGAUAAGAACGAAAUAGACAGAGUGGAAAGUUCCGGUGGAUUGAUACUAAAGAAUCGGGUUAACGGAGUGCUUGCUGUUACCAGGUCAUUGGGUGACUCUUAUAUGAAAGACUUGGUAUUGGGGAAACCUUUUACCACCUCCACACAAAUAACUAAAGAUGAUGAGUUUAUGAUUCUUGCGUGCGAUGGGGUUUGGGAUGUAAUCAGCGAUGCCAAGGCGUGUAAAAUAGCUGCAGACUGUUUCAAGAAUGGAUUGGAUGCACAGGAAGCUUCGAGAAAGUUGUGCCAACUGGCAAUUGAUGCUUCAACUACUGACAAUGUUACCGUUAUGGUGGUUCAAUUUGACCAAGGUGUAUUCGAUUAA